AUGAGGUGUAAGAAACACUUACCCGACCUCAGUAGCAGCGUCGGAGUCUGUGCUACGUGUCUCCGUGAACGCCUCGUAGCUCUCAUCGCCGCUCAGGCCCAAGCUCAACUCCGGGCCCAGGCCCAGCUGGCCCAAGAUGAUCGCCGGAAAUCUGACCCACAUCCACCGCCUCUUCUCUUCCCUCGUUCUGUUUCGCCUUAUGUGAGUCGCCGGAAAUCUGACAACGCCGUCUCGAACCACCACGUCCACCAGCAUCACAGCCUGCCGGAUCAACGGUUCUAUAGCACUCCACAAGUGGGCCCCACGGGUGCCAUCGUCACUGCCGGCUCAUACAAGAAGAAGCACAACAAGUUCUCUCGCUUCUUCAAUCUUUUCAGAUCCAAAUCAGAGAAAUUCGACUUGGAUCAUAGGGUUUCCGAUUCGAAUUCUGCAGAUUUGGCGUCUUCGUCGUGGUUUUCGAGCAUUCUCUCGGUUCGCCGGAAAAAGCAGUCGCGGCUGUUUUCACUCGAUGAAUCGACCGCCGGCGGCGGUCCGAAACCGUGCCGUGAUCGAGAUCGGGGAAUGUCGCCGGCGAGAUACUCGAACGACGGUGAGGACGAGGAAUGCUGCAAUGGAUCGAGCGGGUACGCGUCAGAGUCACCUCAGAGGUGGAAGCAGACGCCGAUAAAAGCGACGCCGCAGGUCCGGCGAGGCGGCGGUGGGCGGGCGACUCACUCCCGAAAUGUCUCCGGAUUGGCGUUUUGUUUGAGUCCGCUGGUGCGUGCGAGCCCUAGUCGGCAGUGGAGUCAGAAGGGAAUGCAGCCGGAGAUAUCCUUUCCCGGCGAGAUCAGGGUUCCGGUGAAGCCUCACCUGUCGACGGCGGCAGCGUUCUGCGCGAACAGAUCAAGAAAGCUUGCGGAUUUCGGGAGGUUCAAUCAGACCCAUUGA